UUUGUCUGUCAGGUUUCCUGUCCCUGACUACAUGUCCCAUGAUACAGCGCGGCGUCUGUCAUCUGACUGAGGGGCGUGUCGGGGACAUGUGACUGCGGCUGCUGUACCCGGUUGUUGUGGAUUGAGCCGGGAAAAUGAACGCGGAGCGGGACCUGAGCCCCCUGACCCCAAACAUCGUGCGAGCCCUGAAUGACAAGAUGUACGAGAAGAGGAAGGUGGCGGCGCUGGAGAUUGAGAAGUUGGUGCGGGAGUUUGUGGCACAGAAUAAUACUGCGCAGAUAAAACAUGUCAUCCAGAUCCUGUCUCAGGAAUUUGCUUUAUCGCAACACCCCCACAGCAGGAAGGGGGGGCUCAUUGGACUGGCUGCUUGCUCCAUUGCACUUGGCAAGGACUCGGGCCAGUAUUUGCGGGAGCUCAUUGAACCCGUCCUCACCUGCUUUAAUGAUGCGGACAGCCGCCUGCGCUACUACGCAUGUGAGGCGCUCUACAACAUUGUAAAGGUGGCCCGUGGAUCAGUCCUGCCCCAUUUUAAUGUUCUGUUUGAUGGACUCAGUAAGCUCGCUGCUGAUCCAGAUCCCAAUGUGAAGAGCGGCUCUGAGCUGCUGGACCGACUACUAAAGGACAUUGUGACGGAAAGCAACAAGUUUGACUUGGUCAGUUUUGUUCCACUCUUGCGGGAGCGGAUUUACUCCAACAACCAGUACGCUCGACAGUUCAUUAUCUCCUGGAUCCUUGUUCUGGAAAAUGUUCCUGACAUUAAUUUGCUGGAAUAUUUGCCGGAGAUUCUGGAUGGUCUAUUUCAGAUACUUGGAGAUAACAGUAAAGAGAUCCGGAAAAUGUGCGAGGUAUCUCUUGGGGAGUUCCUAAAGGAGAUUAAGAAGUUGCCAGACAGUGUGAAGUUUGCAGAGAUGGCCAACAUCCUGGUAAUUCACUGCCAGUCGUCCGAUGACCUAAUACAGCUGACCGCCAUGUCCUGGAUGCGAGAGUUCUUGCAGUUGGCUGGGAGAGUGAUGCUUCCAUAUUCCUCUGGGAUCUUGACUGCAGUGUUGCCUUGUCUGUCAUAUGAUGAUCGUAAAAAGAGUAUUAAGGAAGUGGCUAAUGUGUGUAACCUGACCCUGAUGAAGCUUGUGACACCAGAGGAUGAUGAGAGUGAUGACACGAGUCAGUUGCCAAGUCAGGAUGAACUGCCAUCCUAUCAAGAGGCUACUGAUCGGGGAACUCCUGAUACAGACAAUGACUCCAGUCUGGACAAUAUAAAUGUGUUUGCACCCAGAAGUUCUCCUGCUGCUGCUGCUGUGACCCUUAAUCUGGACGGCAUUGUUCAGGUACUGGACCGGUACCUCCAUGAGCCAAGCACUGGGAUGAUGACCCGGAUCUGUGUGCUGAAGUGGCUUUACCAUCUAUAUAUCAAGACUCCUCGCAAGAUGUUCCAUCACACCGACCUUCUGUUUCCCAUCUUGCUGAAAACGUUGUCUGAUGAGUCUGAUGAGGUCAUCCUGAAGGAUCUGGAAGUUCUUGCAGAAAUCGCCUCCUCUCCUGCUGGACAGAGCGACACAGCUAAUGAUGAGUCCACAACUGGCCAGACCAAGCUGCAGGUGCCAUCCCCGGCCCGAGGAGUGCUGCCCGGCAGCUGUGGUGAGGGUGUUCGGGGUCUGGAGAGCUUACCCUCAACACCCACCAUGAACUCCUAUUUCCACCGCUUUAUGGUAAAUCUACUGAAGAGGUUUAGCAGUGAGAGGAAACUCUUGGAAACCAGGGGAGCAUUCAUCAUCAGGCAGCUGUGUCUUCUUUUAAAUGCUGAGAACAUCUUCCACUCCAUGGCAGACAUCUUGCUGCGGGAGGAGGAUCUGAAAUUCGCAUCUACCAUGGUCCAAAACCUGAACAGUAUUUUACUGACCUCCUCUGAACUCUUUCAGCUGCGGAAUCAGCUCAAAGACUUGCAGACCCCGGAGAGUUGUAACCUCUUUUGCUGCCUUUACCGCUCUUGGUGUCACAGUCCCGUGGCCACAGUGUCGCUGUGUUUCCUCACCCAGAACUACCGGCACGCCUACCACCUCAUCCAGAAGUUUGGAGAUCUAGAGGUCACUGUGGAUUUCCUGACUGAAGUGGAUAAGUUGGUUCAGCUGAUAGAAUGUCCGAUCUUCACAUACCUGCGGCUGCAACUCCUGGAUGUGGAGAAUCACCCGUACCUGAUCAGAGCACUCUAUGGGCUGCUCAUGCUGCUGCCUCAAAGCAGUGCCUUCCAGCUGCUGUCACACCGACUGCAGUGUGUCCCAAACCCUCAGCUCAUGAGAUCAGGGAACCCUGAGCCUGUACCCUUGAGCUCUCCAAAAUCAGACUCUGAGAGGAUAGACUACACCGAACUGCUGCAGCACUUCGAGAAGGUUCAGAACAAGCACCUUGAAGUAAGACACCAACGAGCUGGGGACAUAAUGGAGCGUCGCCUGGGACAGUGACUCCACUCCAUAGGCAUUUUUCUCCUUCCCACCCUGUGAAAAGCUACAACCCCUGAUGCUUUACAGGUCGAACCCUAGGCUCCAGCAGCCAUGGCCUCAGCUGUGUUCAGGGGUUGAUGGGCUGAUAUGACUGCACUAGAUCAGGGUUUCUUAGCAGAAGCUGUGAGAACCUCAGGCCUGUCUGAUGGUUCAGGGGUAUGCUCCCGGUCAGUGGUCACAGCACAUAGGACAACACCUAGACAAUGGAUCUUCACUGUGUUUUGUGAGAUCUGUAUAUCGUCAGGUGAGGUCACCAUCAAGGAUCCACAGACAGGAUAGAAUGGAAGCAUCUUCUGGUCACUUGUCUUAAGUCAUUUUUUUUUUAUAUAUGAUUUGAUUAAAGUGUGAGACAUCUCUUAUAUGAAGUCUUUUUCUAGUUAUAAUCUACAAAUCUUCCACAGGAAUAGAGGAAAGACUCAAUGAGGUGUGUGUGUCUCCACCUCUCACCUGCGAUUAUACCAGCGCAUAAUCCUAGCUCCCACCUAUCCAAGCUGUUGUGCAGGAUCAGAUUGUGUUGUCAUCUUAUAGUGUGGGUAUCUCCCCCAGGAUAUCUGAUCAUUCAUUUGCUCUAGUAAUGCAGAACUAAAAUGUUGUUAGUUUAUUAGUAUUUCAUCCAUUGCUUCAAUUUGGGGUAAAUCUGCACACUCUCUCCCAUAACCCCUGACUAGGGGACUGGGCAUUUUAUGGGGUUCAUUUCUUUGGGUGAUCACAGGCCUCCCGUCAGCAGGGGAUGGUCCUGAAGGACAGCGGGGUCAGGCAGGGGGAGGGGGAAGCUGGUUCCCAUGGCUCAGAGACGGUUCUCACGGCUUGGGCUUUGUGCUGGGGCACAGUCAUUGUGCGCCUGUAUUUAUGUAACCGCACAGCUGCAAUUAACCCCUCAGCUGCUGCUGCUUCUGCACACAGCUUAUCCUGACCUAAUUAGCUGCCAUCAGCUGGAGAAGAUACCAGAGAAUAGUUCUGGGGGUGUCCCGGAGUGAGCAUGGGCAUUAACUAUUGCGGAAAAGCACUUCUCUUAUUCUAUACGAAUCCCAUAUUCUAUACGAUGUUAACCCAGUCAAUAAAUUGUUGUUCAGAAAUGUGGAAGAGCUGGAUGAUAACCCUUGUGAAGAAGACAACAUGGACACCCAGCUUUCCUAAAAACAUAUAUUUUUAUUACUCCUGUCUACUACUGCCCUUUAGUUUCAUGACCCGCCUGUGUAGAUAGUAGACAUGAUGUUAGAGCAUGCAUGUCUGAUACCUGAAAUUUAGGGGGGACCUAAGGGUGAUGAGGAACUGCUAUGCCACUGCCAACCAAUACCAGAGAGGGUAUGGAAUCUGACAUCUACCCGAUGACAUGGGAAAAUAAGUGUCAUGAAGCUAGGUCUCAAGCUGUAAUAUAGAAAGCAUCAUACUACAUGGGGCACAAAACAAUGUACACUGCAGGGAGGGGCUUAUACACACUAUGGCAGUGUUUCCCAACCAGGGUGCCUCCAGAUGUUGCAAAACUACAACUCCCAAGCACUGCCCCUUAUGCCAACUCUGCUUGACCCACACUCACAAUAGUCAUUUGAGGUACACUGACCCCUUGGAAGGCUGACAAGCCACUCACCCUGCUUUAGAGUACACUCAUAGUCUUGUAACUAGCAGCGGAUUACGCUACUAUUUAUAUGAACGAGUCUGCUAGCAGUCUGCAAAUCUGACACUAUUGCGGACUGUCUGCAGGCCCAUACAAGUUGUGAUUUAACUCAUAGUGGAUUUCCCGCAACAGGAAGCCCGCUGCUAGUUUCAAGUGUAUGAAUGCACCCUAAAACCACCAAGAGGGAUAAGCUAAUUGCAUUUCGCUUAUUAUCCUGGGUGGUUUUAGACAGAGAAUAUCUGGACCUUACCUGCUCAGAACUUCUAGCUUUAAUGAUAGGCAUAAUCUAUAGUGUAGGGGCCUUUCCAAAAUAAGAUCACCUUAAUGUAAUGAGCUGGUAAACGCAAUUUGGCCAAAUGAUAUGCCACAAAUCUCUUAUCUUUUCUCUAUAGCAGUAUUGCAGUUUAAAAUGUUUCAUAUUAUAUAUGUAUAUUACCACUAUUCAGACACAGUCAAAGUAAACAUUAACAGCCAGAGACUCACAGAUAAAGUCUUCUCUGACUGGUCAGUGUCGUUCUUUUUGGUUUACAUCUCCAUUCGACGGAGAUGACCAUGAAGGAUUAUAGCUAUGUCUCAACUACUACCACAUUCUGUGCUCUUUAAAGGUAUGUCAUAUGUUGUGCCUCCUAUGUACAGUACUGCCAUCUAUGCUGCCCCCUCAAUAAAAUACUUGUACAUACUGUGUCUUGAAUACAAUAUUGUCUUAUACUAUAUCUUGACUGCAACUCUGUGAUACAUGAUGUCCCCUAAA